UUCAUUUCCAGAUACAGUUAUCUGAUUUUGUAGUGUCGUCCCCUUUUAGACAUCCACACCAGCGCUGUUAACUUGGCUAAUUCAAAUAAGUUGGUCGAUGGGAAGGUGGGUACCUUAAAUAAACCACGUCCAAAAUGAAUAACUUGAACGAUCGGUUGCUGGACACUCUGGACCCGAAUGUCUCUCUUAAUAGUCCCAGCGAUAUUGACACGACGCUGCUGAACGACAUUGACGACAUGCUGCAGCUCAUCAGCAACCAGGACAUGGAGUUUGUCAGCAUCUUUGACCAUCAUCAAUAUGUUGGGAGUGCUCCUGCGAUGGACCAUUCCAGCCUCUCUCCCUCUGUCCCGUCCUCUUCCUCUUCUUCUCUCCGGGCAUCCAGCAGCACCCCUCACCUGGAUGCUUUAUUGGGAGAUCCCCCUGCCCAAAGUUUGUCUCCCACUAAGAUGUACCAAGCCCCUGUCUUUGCACAGCCCCACCUUCCUCAGACAUCGGCUUCCACCAUGCAGCCGGCACCCUCACCUGCUCAGGAAAACCUGGAAAGCAGGCAGCCCAAACCCCAGCAGGUGUCGGCAGCUCUUCACCACCCUAGCCAGGCAGCUCUACCCCAUCCAGCUGCAGGGAUGGCCUCAGGGUUCAGCUCCUCUCCCCAGGCUCUCAUCGCCUCACCUGCACCCCAGCAGCAGCAGCAGCCACUACAACAGCAGCCACAGCAACCACCACAACCACAGCAAACACAGCAACCACAGUCACUGAUUAACUACUCCAGUCAUAAUGGAUAUGCAGCUGUCCAUCAAGGAGGAUCUGUGCAGUCUUUCCUCAGUCAGCCGGCCUCUCGACCACAUGCCCAGCAAAUGGCCAUCCAGACUCAGGUUCCUAGUCUGCAGGCACAGGCGCUUACAGCCUCUUCAUCAAACCCACCUACACAGACCAUCUCUCCUCAUAUUCAACAAGUUCCAGUGUUUCUCCAGCCACAGUUCAUCAAGGCUAACUCUGUUCUGCUCACUGCCCUGAAGCCAGAGGCAGGCACAAUGGUGAAUUCUGUCAACUCUCCUUCUAUUCCAACCCUGGCCACCUCCACAGCUCCUGUCCAAACCACCUCUAUUCAGGCCCUGAUGAGUGGUGGUACCAUCUUGACCACUGUGCCAGUGGUGGUAGACGCAGAGAAACUCCCAAUCAACCGUAUCACCGUCAGUGGGAAGCCCUCAGGCCUGCCCAACAGGGGAGAGAAGCGAACCGCCCACAACGCCAUUGAGAAGCGCUACCGCUCGUCAAUCAAUGACAAGAUCAUCGAGCUUAAAGACCUGGUCGCUGGAACUGAAGCUAAGCUCAACAAGUCGUCGGUAUUGAGAAAAGCGAUCGAAUACAUCCGCUACCUCCAGCAGUCUAAUCAGAAGCUGAAGCAGGAGAACAUGGCUCUGAGAAUGGCAGCUCAGAAGAACAAGUCUCUGAAGGACCUUGUGUCCAUGGAGGUGGAAGGCCUUGGUUGUGAUGUAAAGACUGAGCUGCCUACACCCCCACCCUCCGAUGCAGGAUCGCCUCUGCUGAACAGCCCCUUCUCCCACUGCAACAGUGACUUUGAGUCAGACAGCCCAAUGGGAGAGGAGAGCAAGCCCGUGGUGAGGCCAGAUCGCUGCUCCCUAGGCAGUGUGGGUAUGCCGGACCGCUCCCGUGUGGCUCUGUGUGUCUUCACCUUCCUCUUCCUCUCUCUAAAUCCUCUGGCAGCCCUGGUGAGCAGAGCAACAGGAAGCGGGGCAGCAGAGGGCGCUGCGGAGCGCUCUGGGACAGGCCGUAGUAUGCUGGUUCUGCAGAGCAGAGGAGCUGCCCAGGUGGAGUCAGCACGUUGGCUGGACCUGAUGGUGCCCACCCUUGUCCUUUGGUUGCUUAACGGGGUGCUGGUAGCAGCAGUUCUGAUCCGACUGCUGGUUUAUGGGGAACCAGUGACCAGACCCCACACUAGCUCCUCAAUUCUCUUCUGGAGGCACCGAAAGCAGGCUGACCUGGACCUGGAAAGGGGGGACUUUGCCCGGGCCUGUCACAACCUGCGGACGUGCCUGAAGGCCCUGGGCCGCCCGCUGCCCACCUCUCAGCUGGACUUGGCCUGCGCUGGGCUGUGGGCGGGGCUGAGGCUUUGUCUGCAGCGGCUCUGGGUGGGGCGCUGGCUGGCGGGGAGGGCGGGGAGCCUCCGCACGGACCACCCCCUGCAGGACAACGGCCGCAAGAGCAGCCACGACGCCGCCCUCGUCUACCACCGCCUGCACCAGCUGCACAUGACAGGCAAGCUGGGCGGCAGCCACCUCUCUGCAGUGCACAUGGCCCUGAGCGCGGUGAACCUGGCUGAGUGCGCGGGAGACUGUCUGACUGUGACCACACUGGCUGAGAUUUAUGUGGCAGCUGCCCUGAGGGUCAAGGCCAGCCUGCCCCGAGCCCUGUACUUCACCGCUCGCCUGUUCCUGAGCAGUGCACGGCAGGCCUGCCUCUCCUCAAGCAGCAGUGUCCCACCUACCAUGCAGUGGCUCUGUCACCCGCUGGGUCAUCGCUUCUUUGUGGAUGAGGACUGGGAGGUGCGCAGAUCCCCUAAAGAGAGUAUCUACAGCCAGGCUGCAAAUGCAGUGGACCCGCUGGCCCAAGUAACACAGGCCUUCCGGGAACACCUGCUGGAGAAAGCCCUGUACUGCAUGGCCGAGCCCCCAAGAGACAAGGCCCCCGGCGACCGAGAGGGGGAGUACUCAGAUGCUCUGGAAUACCUCCAGCUGCUGUCAAGCUCUUCUGAUGCUACAGGGGCUUCCGUGCAGUCCUUUGCCAUCGGAUCUAACAUGGCCUCUGUCACAGGCUGUGACCCUCAGUCCAAGUGGUGGUCCUCUUUGGUUGUGGUUUUUGCCAACUGGCUGCAAGGAGACGACUCUGCUGCCGAGAGACUCUACCCAGCUGUAGAGCACCUGCCCAGGAGCCUACAGAAUGCAGAGAACCAAUUGCCCAAAGCAGCACUGUGUACAUUCCGAUCGAUGCGCACCCUUCUGGCGAGACCAGAGAACUAUCCACUGGCUCUGAGCCACGCGGACAGAGCCAGCGGCCUCCUGAAGGACAGCCUGAAUAUGGCCUCGCGCCGUCGCAGCAGCAGCAUCGACAAGGUGGUGCAGCUGCUGCUGUGUGACCUCCUCUUGGUGACGCGCACCAGCGUGUGGCGCCAGCAGCAGAGUGCGGCGGAUGGCGGGGGUCUGCAGGCCUCUCCCCAGGAGCUGCGCGGCUUCCAGCAGGACCUCAGCUCCCUCAGGAAGCUGGCGCAGAGCUUCAGACCCGCCACACGCAGGCUUUUCCUGCAUGAAGCAACGGCUCGGCUGAUGGCCGGAGCCAGUCCCACACGCACCCACCAGCUGCUAGACCGCAGCCUGAGGCGCCGCACCACUUCCAUCGGUAAGACAGACGAGUGCGAGACGCGGCUGGGGCGGCGGGAGCAGGCGGAGGCGGCGAUGAUGGCGUGCCGGUACCUGCCCCCCUCCUUCCUGCCGGCGCCCGGCCAGCGCGUGGGCAUGCUGGCGGAGGCGGCCCGCACGCUGGAGAGGUUGGGCGACAAGCGCAGCCUCCACGACUGCCAGCAGAUGAUCAUCAGGCUGGGCAGCGGCACCACCGUCACCUCCACCUAGCGCCGCACGCACACGCAGGCAAGCAGAGAAUGCACAGCCUCCCUUCAGCGUAGGAGCGGCCAGCCCGGGAUGCACAACCGCUUAGCUCUCCGAAUCCUGCAGCUUUCAGUACAGACCAGAAUGAACCAUAUCAAAGGAAGAACACCAUCGGCUGGCUCAGAGAGCAGCGCCUGCUCUCCUGCUUUCAUCCCAAUAUGCGGUUCCUAAUCCAUGUGUCAUAUUGGGCUUAAAGCCAUCGAGUGAUCACUUUAUAGACCUUUAAAAAUGCACAGAAUAUUGACUCUCUGGAAACAAAGCAGGCUAAUGAUUCAGGGCCGAAUCAAUUUCCUAUUUCUAUUCCUCCC